GUGCUUAAUUUUUUUUUCCUCUACAAAUUGAAAUAAUUAAAUGCCAGAACGGCUCGUUAACUAACACUUCAUCUGAUAGCGGUGCACUAUGGAUGGGAAUCAUAAAUUGAAGAAUCAUGAAAAAUAAUCCUGGAGAGGCUGGUGCUAUUGGGUGAAAAAUAUUCGAUCGUUGCAUGGAGCAUGCUACAACGACUCUGCGAAUUAAUCGGUUCAUUCGUGUACUGCUUGAUAAUCGUCGCUGGUUUUUGGGCAUUUCGAGAGAUCGGUAGAAUUUCCUAUCUCAUUCAUCAUUGGAUACGUGAAAAUACCAGUCGCAUGGUUUUAGUCUUGAAGAACUUUAUUUUCCGUUAUCUUUGGGGUACACCUAUAUGUAAGGAUAUAAAAACAACCGAGAGUGGCCUUGAGAGAAUUCAGCAAAGUGAUCAGGUGAACACAAUGGCUGAAGCACCAGUGAGUUUUGUCGUUGGAGAGCCUGAUCCUUCAGAGUGCGAGGAGUUAGAGACUGCGGACAGUUUUCCUAGUGUUAAGAAUGAUGGAACCCCACAGCAACCGAUUUUGCCGGGUCUGGUUGAGCGUCGUAAACGGCUCAGGCCCAGUAUGUCCCAGGGUACGGUGAUGAUCCAGACCCAGAGCUCAGGACAAGAAAAGGACUUCACUGUUGCAACGCCCGAAGAAUUUGUUCAUCGAUUCAGUGGGACCAAAGUCAUAAAUAAGGUGUUAAUCGCCAACAACGGCAUAGCUGCGGUGAAAUGCAUGCGUUCCGUUCGAAGAUGGUCGUACGAAAUGUUCAAGAACGAGAGAGCAGUACGUUUCGUGGUAAUGGUUACACCCGAGGACUUGAAAGCUAACGCCGAGUACAUAAAAAUGGCCGAUCAGUAUGUACCGGUGCCAGGUGGUUCCAACAACAAUAACUACGCCAAUGUAGAGCUGAUAGUGGACAUAGCCCUGAGAACCCAGGUGCAAGCUGUCUGGGCGGGUUGGGGUCAUGCCUCAGAGAACCCUAAACUGCCCGAGCUCCUCCACAAGAACAACAUAUCCUUCAUCGGGCCCUCGGAGAGGGCUAUGUGGGCCCUUGGUGAUAAGAUAGCAUCGAGCAUAGUCGCCCAGACAGCCGAUGUACCGACCCUACCCUGGUCUGGUUCAGAACUGAAGGCCCAGUACAGUGGAAAGAAGAUAAAGAUAUCAUCCGAACUCUUCCGAAAGGGUUGUGUUUCCACCGUUGAGGAGUGUCUGGCAGCGGUCAAGAAGAUUGGCUUUCCCGUGAUGGUGAAGGCGAGUGAAGGUGGAGGUGGCAAGGGAAUUCGUAAAGUGGAGAACGCCGAGGAACUUCCAGCACUGUUUCGUCAAGUUCAAGCAGAAGUUCCUGGAUCACCGAUAUUCAUCAUGAAAUUGGCGAAAUGUGCACGCCACUUGGAGGUGCAACUCUUGGCUGAUACCUACGGUAACGCUAUCUCCCUGUUUGGUCGCGACUGCUCGAUUCAGCGAAGACACCAGAAAAUCAUCGAGGAAGCUCCCGCCGUUAUAGCAAAGCCAGAGAUCUUCGAGGAGAUGGAAAAGGCAGCUGUCAGGCUCGCCAAGAUGGUGGGCUACGUCAGUGCGGGAACAGUAGAGUAUCUCUACGACACGUCUGGACGGUAUUACUUCCUGGAGCUAAAUCCUAGACUGCAGGUGGAGCAUCCCUGCACGGAAAUGGUGUCAGAUGUAAAUUUGCCAGCUGCUCAAUUACAAAUUGCCAUGGGUUUGCCACUCCAUCAUAUCAAGGAUAUUCGUCUGCUAUAUGGUGAGAGCCCCUGGGGGGACAGCACCAUCGACUUCGACCAGCCCAGACAUAAAUCCCAACCCUGGGGACAUGUCAUAGCUGCUAGGAUAACGAGUGAGAAUCCAGAUGAGGGUUUUAAACCGUCGUCGGGGACAGUUCAAGAACUGAAUUUCCGAUCGUCAACGAAUGUCUGGGGGUAUUUUUCGGUGGGAGCUUCGGGUGGCCUCCAUGAGUUUGCUGAUUCACAGUUUGGUCACUGCUUCUCCUGGGGAGAAGAUCGUAAUAUGGCGAGGGAGAAUCUGGUUAUUGCACUGAAAGAGCUCUCCAUCAGGGGUGAUUUUAGAACGACUGUUGAGUAUCUCAUCACUCUUUUGGAGACCGAAUCCUUCCAGAUCAACAGCAUUGAUACCGCUUGGCUGGACGCACUUAUCGCUGAACGUGUGCGAAGUGAUAAGCCAGAUGUACUGCUUGCAGUCACCUGUGGUGCCCUUCACAUUGCUGAUCGCACCAUCACAGCGGCAUUCACUGGCUUCCAAACGGCCCUCGAUCGAGGUCAUAUACAAGCCAGCAAUGAUCUCAACAACGUCUGCGAUGUGGAGUUGAUAAACGAUGGAUGGAAAUAUAAAAUUCAAACAGCCAAGUGCGGGCCUAAUAGCUAUUUUCUGGUGAUGAAUGGAUCGUACAAAGAGGUGGAACUUCAUCGGCUGUCCGAUGGUGGGCUUUUGCUCUCCCUCGAUGGAUCCAGCUUCACAACUUACAUGAGAGAGGAGGUCGAUCGUUAUCGAAUUAUCAUCGGCAAUCAGACAUGUAUCUUCGAGAAGGAUAAUGAUCCCUCUCUUCUUCGAUCACCAUCAGCUGGAAAACUCAUAAAUUUCCUUGUGGAGGAUGGUGGCCAUGUUGAGGCAGGACAGUCUUAUGCUGAAAUCGAAGUCAUGAAGAUGGUGAUGACUGUGACAGCCAGUGAAUCAGGUUCGAUAUUCUACGUUAAACGUCCUGGCGCUGUUCUCGAAGCUGGAACUCUUAUUGCACAUCUGGAGCUGGACGAUCCAUCACUCGUGACUAAAGCACAGGAGUACACUGGACAAUUUCCUCCACCGACAGUACCAGCAGUUCCUGAGAAGCUCAAUCUUCUGCACGCCAAGUACAGAGCUGCACUGGAAAAUACUCUUGGUGGCUAUUGUCUGCCGGAUCCCUACCAUCUUCCUCGACUCCGUGAACUCAUCGAGAAAUUCAUGAAUUCCCUGCGAGAUCCGAGUCUGCCUCUCCUCGAGCUGCAAGAGGUUAUCUCCACGAUAUCAGGACGAAUACCAAUUUCAGUUGAGAAGAAAAUUAGAAAGAUGAUGACACUCUACGAGAGAAACAUAACCUCUGUUCUUGCUCAGUUCCCCUCCCAGCAGAUCGCAGCUGUCAUAGACGUACAUGCAGCGACAUUAUCGAAGAGAGCUGAACGAGAUGUCUUUUUCCUGACGACUCAGGCAAUUGUACAACUGGUUCAGAGGUACAGAAAUGGUAUCAGGGGGCGAAUGAAGACAGCUGUUCACGAAUUGUUAAGGCAAUACUACAAUGUUGAGAGCCAGUUUCAACAGGGACACUAUGACAAAUGUGUGUCUGCUCUCAUUCAGAAGCACAAGGACGACUUGCCUAUGGUUACCAAUACAAUAUUCAGCCACAAUCACGUGACAAAGAAGAAUGCUUUGGUGACGAUGCUGAUUGAUCAUCUGUGGGCGAAUGAGCCUGGUUUGACUGACGAGCUUGCCACUACUUUGACAGAACUGACGAGUCUCAAUCGUUCUGAACAUAGCAGAGUGGCACUUCGUGCACGUCAAGUCCUCAUUGCUGCUCAUCAACCAGCUUACGAGCUUCGUCACAACCAGAUGGAGUCAAUAUUCCUGUCAGCCGUUGACAUGUACGGGCAUGACUUUCAUCCGGAGAAUCUCCAGAAACUUAUUCUGUCAGAAACGUCAAUUUUCGAUAUCCUUCAUGACUUCUUCUAUCACACGAAUCGUGCUGUUUGCAAUGCAGCAUUGGAGGUCUACGUUAGAAGGGCCUACAUAAGCUAUGAACUGACGUGCCUCCAACAUCUGGAACUCUCUGGGGAGAUACCCCUCGUUUACUUCCAGUUUUUCCUGCCCAAUAAUCACCCCAAUCGUCAGACUCAGUCUCUCGUUAAUUACAGAACUGGUGCAAUGGCAGCUUUCCAUAGUCUUGAAGAGUUCAGUCAGUACUCAGACGAAGUGCUGGAUCUUCUUGAGGACCUGUCGUCUCCGUCGUCAGUCUCUGCAAAAGUCCUGGAGGCUGUUGAUGCAGCGGGAAGUGAAUCUCGUCACAGUACGUCAAUUAAUGUCUCUCUGAGUCAUGCUGAACAGGGACCUGUGGAUCCAACCAUAGGAGAGAAGCCAGUGGAGCCUGUUCACAUACUCAGCAUUGCUGUUCAGGAUAAUGGCAACCAGCAGGACGACGCCACCAUGUCGAGGCACUUUGGCGACUGGUGUCAGGCGAACAAAGACGAACUUAUGUCGCGAGGAAUACGAAGGGUGACGUUUGCUGCCCUUCAGAGGCGACAGUUUCCUAAAUUCUUUACUUACCGUCACCGUGAUGGCUUCGUAGAGGACAAGAUCUACAGACAUCUGGAGCCUGGCACUGCUUUCCAGCUGGAACUAACGAGAAUGAGGACUUAUGAUCUCGAAGCUUUGCCAACUUCCAAUCAGAAAAUGCAUCUGUAUCUGGGACAAGCGAAAGUGGCUAAAGGACAACAAGUCACUGAUUACAGAUUCUUUAUUCGUUCGAUCGUUCGACAUUCAGAUCUGAUAACAAAGGAGGCUAGCUUCGAUUAUCUACAUAAUGAAGGAGAGCGAGUGUUGUUGGAGGCCAUGGACGAACUAGAGGUCGCGUUCUCUCAUCCACUGGCCAAACGAACAGAUUGCAAUCAUAUUUUCCUAAACUUUGUGCCAACUGUCAUCAUGGAUCCAGCGAGAAUUGAAGAGAGCGUGACGAGCAUGGUUUUGAGGUAUGGGCCACGGCUGUGGAAGCUCAGAGUUCGACAGGCGGAGAUCAAGAUGACUAUCAGACCAGCACCUGGUAAACCAACGUACAAUGUUCGUCUUUGCAUAUCUAAUGAUAGUGGCUACAGUAUUGAUUUGCAUUUGUACGCUGAGACGACAGAUCCCAAGACUGGUGUUAUCAGAUUCGAGUCGUAUGGUUCAAACAACGUGGAGACCUGGCGUCCAGGCCCCAUGCACGGCCUUCCCAUAUCGACCCCCUAUGUAACCAAGGACUACCUACAAGCCAAGAGAUUCCAGGCCCAGAGUGCGGGUACCACAUACGUCUACGAUCUUCCCGACAUGUUCAGACAGCAGAUCGAAAAAUCCUGGACAAAAUUCUUAGAUGAGAGAUCGUCUGAGGGACAGAACCACCAACUGCCAGCGAUGCCAAACCCAGUGAUUGAUUACGUCGAGCUGGUUCUAGACGGUGAUGUUUUGAUGGAGCAGAAACGUUUGCCCGGUGAAAACGACGUUGGAAUGGUCGCCUGGAAGAUGACCCUCUACACCCCAGAAUACCCAGCUGGACGCGAGAUAAUUCUCAUAGCCAAUGACCUGACAUAUCUUAUUGGCUCAUUCGGCCCCAAGGAGGACCUAGUGUUCUACCUGGCCUCGCAGAGGGCGAGAGAGCUGGCAAUUCCUCGAGUGUACUUCUCAGCAAAUUCAGGAGCUAGAAUUGGUCUUGCUGAGGAGGUCAAGGGUCUGUUCAAGAUCGCCUGGGAGGACGACACCUCCCCCGACAAGGGUUUCAAGUACAUUUACCUGACCCCCGACGAUUACGCUCGUUUAGCCUCUGUCAAUUCUGUGAAAGCAUCACUAAUAGAGGACGAGGGUGAGUCCAGGUACCAGAUAACUGAUAUCAUUGGUAUCGAAGAUGGCUUCGGAGUGGAGAAUCUCAAAUACGCGGGGAUGAUCGCUGGAGAGACGUCCAAGGCUUAUGACGAAAUUGUGACGAUAUCUGUUGCCACAUGCAGAGCCAUUGGUAUUGGCUCAUAUCUUCUUCGUCUGGGCCAGAGGGUCAUUCAGAUCGAAAAUUCAGACAUCAUUCUCACUGGCUACAGAGCAUUGAAUGCAGUUCUGGGGAGGGAAGUGUAUGCCAGUAAUAAUCAGCUCGGUGGUAUCUCCAUAAUGCAUCAUAAUGGAGUAUCUCAUGCAACAGCACCCAGGGAUCUUGAUGGUGUUGAUACUGUCCUCAGGUGGAUCAGCAUGGUUCCCAAGGUCAAGGGAGCGCCACUGCCCAUUAUCAUACCGACAGAUCCCAUUGACAGGGAGAUAGUCUAUGUCCCCACCAAGAACCCCUACGAUCCCCGAGUGAUGCUUGAGGGAAGGAUGUCAGUUGACACCAAUACCUGGGAGUCUGGAUUCUUCGAUCGUGGCAGUUGGGAGGAAAUCAUGAGACCCUGGGCGCAGACUGUGGUCACUGGACGCGCUAGACUUGGAGGGAUACCUUGUGGUGUUGUUGCUGUGGAGACUAGGACUGUCGACUUUCAACUACCUGCUGAUCCUGCCAAUCUUGAUUCAGAGGCCAAGACUGUAUCACAGGCUGGACAAGUCUGGUUCCCAGACAGCGCGUAUAAGACUGCACAGGCUAUCAAAGACUUCUCGAAAGAGGAAUUGCCACUGUUUAUAUUUGCUAACUGGAGAGGCUUCUCGGGAGGGAUGAAGGACAUGUAUGAACAGGUCAUAAAGUUUGGGGCGUACAUUGUGGACGGAUUGAGGGAAUACACGAGACCAGUCUUUGUGUAUAUUCCACCGAAUGGAGAACUAAGAGGUGGGGCGUGGGCUGUUGUUGACACGACAAUCAAUUCGAGGUAUAUGGAAAUGUUUGCUGACCCAACGAGCAGAGCUGGUGUACUGGAACCCGAAGGAAUUGUCGAAAUUAAAUUCAAGAAGAAGGAUAUUAUCAAGGCAAUCUAUAGGAAUGAUGCUGUUGCACAGGGAUUGAAGGAGAAGUUGACGAAUGCGGCACUUACAGGGGAGGAGAAGGUUCAGGUUGAGGCAGAACUUCAGCAGAGAGAGCAGUUCCUGCUGCCGCUUUAUCACCAGGUGGCCGUUCAUUUCUCUGAUCUUCAUGAUACCCCAGAGAGAAUGCUGGAGAAGAAUACGAUUCAAGAUAUUGUGCCAUGGAAGAAGUCCAGAACGAUUCUAUACUGGAGGCUCAGACGUCGACUGCUCGAAGACGAGAUAAAACGUGAUUUGUUGUCCAUCGAGCCCACCCUCGACUAUCGACAAGUUGAUGCUAUGCUGCGAAGGUGGUUCGUAGAGGACAAGGGGACCACUGAGUCUUACCUCUGGGAUCAGGAUGAAGCUGUGGUCAACUGGCUCAUCGAGCAGGCUCAGAAUGAAAAUAGUGUUGUUACGAGAAAUAUAGAUUGUGUUAAACGUGAUGCCGUUGUCACGCAUGUCAAGGAGGCUAUUGAGACCUGUCCCGAGGUGCGAUUGGAUGCAGCUUUGGAAAUUGUGCAUCGACUUCAGCCCUCUGAACGCGCUGAAUUACUGAAGACACUGGCGCAGUUAGAGACGUCGCAGGAAGUUGAUUAAUGAAUGUUCAUAUUGGCCAGGGGAAACUAAAUGUCCACUGAGAAAAAAAAUUAUGAGAUAUAGAAAUUCUCUGAUUGAUCCAAUUAGUUCAUCGAUUGCAUCCUCAAAAGAAAAUAUUAUUGUGAGACAGAAAUAUCAAUUCCAACUAAACGAAAAUUGAAUUAUAUGAAAUUGAUUUUGUUAUAGGAUCGGACAUUUUAUUUAGUUUAUUCGAAUUUAAAAAAUAUAUGUUUUUUCGAUGGAUCGAUUUCAUAGAUUUCAAUUCUUAUUUAGUUCAAACUAUUCAAAGUUGAAUAAUAUUGUGCACAAUUGCAAUCGAUAAAUAAUCAAUUCCAAAGGAAAUUUGUUAAUACAGACAUGGAUUUGCCUGUACUGAAAAGUAGAUAAUCAAAGAAAAGAUGAGAUGACUGAUCUAAUUCUUUUUCAGUCGAAAACAUUAAAAUUAUAUCGAUAUUUUGGUCUCACAGUUUAAUGAGUGAACGAUGUGGUUCAAUUAGAAUUUUUGUUUUUUAGAAUUUUUAUUGCUAGUGAACAUUGAGAGGUUGUAGACGAAUAUUUGUAAGUGGAAAUAUGUAAUUGAAAAUCCUAGCCUCUUCCUGAGGGUAUUUUCUUGAGAGUAUAUUUGAAUAUUUUUUAGAUUUUUUAAAGUAGAGUAUAUUUCGAUGGGAUAUAUCAAAAGAAUUCUAUUUUGUUACGCAAUAUGUUCUAUUUGUAUUUUUUUAUUCAAUGUGAGACAGGCCAAAAUUUAAUGAGUGAAAAACACUUAUGAGAAAUGCGAAAAUAAAUGGUAUGACGAAAAAGGAAAUUCUGUUGAAAAUUGUAAAACUCUAUCGGUUCAUUAGACUUUUUGAAUACAUUUUUUUCUGAUAGAAAAAAUGUAGAGAUGUUGAUUUUUCUAUUUGAAUUAUUAUGUGGGAUUUACUAUUAAAAUUCUGGGACAUGACCUUUCCAAUCUUCUCUUGUUGUGAGAAUUAUACAACAUUAAUUUAAAAAUUCGGUGGAAAAAAUUGAGCCCAAGAUUUACCGUAGAAAAAUCAGAUUAUUGACCUGUGAAAUAUCGACCGAAUUAAUAAUAGACAAUGUUAUUUAAUUGAUUGAUUCUCUUCACUCGUUCAAUGAAAUUUUAUCAGAAAGCACUAGGAUUUUCUAUUAAAUGUUUUCAUUCUUGAAUUACGACAAUGCUCAGGGAUUUUUAUGCAGAAAAUGUCACCAGACUAGACGAAGAAAUAAAAAUCAAUUUAUAUGUCUGCUAGAAUUUUUUAAUAAAUGGGCUAGAUUUUUGUUGUUUUUUCCUACGAAAAUUGUACAUCAGUAGAAAAUUAUCCACAUUUAUCCUUAACAUUCCAUCUGGAUUGUUAUCUACAAUUCAAUUUCACAUCUGCACGGGUACCUGGUAUCAAUAGUUGAUAUUUUGUUAAUAAGUGACGUUUUACCUCUCCAGUUGCCUCACCCAAUUUAUUUAGACAAUUGUAAAUUUCCCAGAUUGUUUAUUAACCGUAAAUCACGUGUCAUUUUUUUGGCGUUGUGGAUAGAUACGACAUUAUUUUAAUUGAUAAAUUAAUUAGUGAUAAGAAUAAAUAAAUGAUUAAAUAGAAUUUAAUGUAAUACUAGUGCCACCGCGUUAAUAUCUGUUUGGCAUUUUUGUUUAUUUACUUUUACUUAUGAAAAUAUCUCAUGUAGGCACUAAUCGAUUAUGAAAUAAUCGAAUUUCUUCAUAAAUUAGCCAUGUGGGAGUAGUGACAAUUGUCGCUUUCAAUAUAGGAUGCAUAUUUGCUAUUGAUAUCACAAAUUACACGCAUUAGCAAAUGGUAGUUAAUAACGCGAAUGAAUGAUAAUGUAAUCAUGGAAUAAGGAUUUCUCACUGCCAUGACAAAUAAAUAGAAAAGAAUCAUUAUAUUGUUAAAAUA